CUCCAUUUCAAGGUCACUCACCUUCGCUCUCCAACCUCUCCUCCUACUCUUGCUCUUCGACUUCCCGUUUAGUUACCUCUACGUCUGACAAGAUCCUAUCGUUCAUGCUGUCGCUGGGAGGCAUACUCACUCACCGAUUCUACUUCCUUCUCUCUUCUCAGUCGCCGUAUCUCUGAUAAGUCUCCUGACCUCUCUCAGCAGCUCUAUCGUCCAUUCUACACCCGAUGGCUACCAGAGAUCACUGCCUACUAUGCUUUGAGGCGCUAGAAGCCCAUCUUACACAUCGGAAAGCUCUGACUCUGGAAGAGAUUCAAGAAUAUUCAGCCUCUGCCCCAGAUUCAGAGCCUGUUGCUCCAAAGACCCUUGACGAUCCCAGUCUUCGACAUCUGGCGAUCCCUGAUGCCAGCGCUUCGUCUUCUUCCUCUUCGACCUCGCUCGGUGCUUCCACACCUGCCACGAGCACCUCUUCCCUCCCUAUUCCCCCAACAUCUGCCCCGCUAUUCGUCACAUGGAAUACGAUGGAGGAUGGCGAGCCCGUGCUCCGCGGUUGUAUCGGCACAUUUGAAGCUCAAGAUCUAGCUGAGGGUAUUCCGGAGUACGCCCUUAUCUCUGCCCUUCAAGACACUCGCUUCUCCCCAAUCAGAAAGUCCGAAUUACCUACACUCCAAGUCGCAGUCACACUCCUGACCGAUUUUGAAGAAGUCGAUGACAUCUUCAACUGGGAAAUUGGCGUUCACGGCAUCCGACUCUCAUUCUACGACCGCGGCCGCCGCUAUGGCUCAACUUACCUCCCAGACGUAGCCUCCGAGCAGGGAUGGACUAAAGAAGAAACACUUUUCAGUCUCAUCCGCAAGGCGGGGUGGACUGGUAGUCGAGGACGCUGGAAAGACUUGGACCUCAAGGUCACACGCUACCAGGGCAAGAAAACUACUCUGGAGUACGCUGAUUACAAGAAGUGGAUUGAUGAGGCGUGACGAGGUGGCUAGAGGGUAAGAAGACGCUUCUAGACAUAGAGGCCCGGCGUUUAUGGCAAUGCAGAUGUGAUUAUCGGUGACACAUUUUCUCUCAUAUUUGCUCAAGAGGCAGAGCUGGGUUUGCUUGGGUGGCUAUUCACAACGCGUAUGUUGGUUUGGUGCAUUUUCCGUGAUUAUGGAAAGUCACGAUUUAUAGCCUCCUUGUCAUUUUCGAUGACUCUUACUUCCAGAGCAUACACUGACCAUAUUUGACGAUCCUCUUCUGAAAAGCAAACUAGGCACCAUCAGAUAUCCUACAUGAAAGAGCAUCAACCGGCUCAACAUCUGGUUUCGAUGAGACUCGUCUCCAGACCAGUGUCCUGGCGGCCCCAAGUUUACAAGCAGAAUUCAACACCGCACCAAGCAGCAAAAAAGUGGUCAAGGUAAAAUAGUAUCAUCAGUCCCGGCGGUGUUAGGACCAAGACAAUAGCGCGCAGGCAUAACUCCAUGAUGUCAGAUGAUGGAAGACAUCCUUUCCCCAGAACAAACGCGUCCUCUGUAAAACGAUAAAGAUAAAAGUCCAAGCCCUUCGCCAAGACGCCGAGAUAUCCCUGGUAUAUAAUGAUUUUGAAGCCUUUUGAAACAUUCCUCCCAACAAACCCACACAAACUCUCCCAGCAUUUUGCUCAUCCUGUUCUCACAAUGCCGUUGCCCGACUUCACCAACAUCGCAGGCUCUUCCAAAAGCCGUUAUCCUUCUUCCCUCCCACUCUGUCGCCCUGAAGAUUCGGUCCUCGCACUCCAACCGCGCGCUUCUCGGUGUCGCUAUCAGUCGGAAGAGGUGUCAGCGGUUUCGUCAUACCGCGGGCAUUAAACUCUGCUGCGUCCGGACCUGUAUCAGCAAGUCGUCGAGCCUCAACCACCCGGCGCACAACCAAUGCGAACGUCUCUUCGAUGUUGACUUCCAGCCGUGCACUCGUCUCCAUGAAUCCACAUCCGCGCUUUCGGGCCCAUUCAAGACCUUGAGCUGCAGGGACUUGUCUGCUCUCUUGCAGAUCGCACUUGUUGCCGGCGACGAGCUUGACAGGAGGGAUGGUGCGGGACCGCGUAUCGUGACCUGAGCGCAAACCAGCACGGCGUGCGCGGUCAGCGUUAUCAAGACGAGUUUCUGCCUCCAUAUCGAUAAGUUCAUUAAAAUGCUGCAGGGCAUCUAGGGAGUCUUUGGAUGUGAUAUCGUAGACGAGGAGAAAAGCAUCGGCGCCGAGGUUCGAGGAAGCCCACAUGCCGCGGUACUCCUCCUGGCCAGCCGUGUCGGUAAGAGAUAGAUGGUAAGUAACACCAUCGAUGCGGCGCGUCACGCUAUAUGAGUCCUCGAUAGUCGGGUCAUAGUCUGAAGUCCAUUGCGAGCGAACUAGGCGCAGUGUAAUGGAGGACUUUCCGCAUCCGCCGUCGCCGCAGAUCGUGAUAGAUAUAGGAACAGGUGUCUGUGUUGGAGCCGUCAUGUCGGAGGCUGCGCUCAAUCGUUUGUGAAACGAAAAGUGACCGUUAAAGAAAAAAGAAGAUAUUUGCCGUGUGCUUGUACUGUUGGUAGCCCAAGCGGGAGCUGUUGGGCGAUCACAAUAGGCACCGAAACGCGCCGCUUGUGGAUCGGAUGACAGGUAAUUCUAGAAUGAUUCUAGGUGUGAUCGCGUUGCCAAGGCCUUUUGGUGCAGUGGAGUUGUAUUGUUAGAGGCGAGUUCUAUUGUCUUUCGAGUCGAGUCAGGUAUGAUAUCGUUUCGAUCGUUAUAGUCGUGUCUCGUCGCAAUCGGGUGUGAGGU